UUCCUGUUCUCUUACAUAUGCAUCGUCGGCUGGGCCUAAAAGACAUUCUGUACAUUUAUGUUCUCACGUUAUAAAUGCGGAAUUCUAGCAUCCACCAGUCAGGUUGUAAACAGGAAAUUGCGACAGGAUCGCGUGGCAACGGUGCGUCGGAAAUCUAGAAGGCAUAUGGCUCCAAGCGACGCAGACAUCUGGGUUGUGGAUGAAGGAUGUCGUCGUCAUAACGGGGGGCCAAGGUGGCCUAGGAGGAGGCGAUUGCGGUCGUGGCUCAGCUCGGCGAUUAAAGUAGGGCCAGUCGAGAAGAUAGCAGAAUUCCUCAAAGCUGCAUGCUGGCUUACAUUUGACCCACACACUCCAGUCCAGCCAAGUGAUCAGUGCACGACUUCUUUGAUACAUGUCAUCCAAACCGGCAACGACGCCGUCUGCCCAAAGGCCGACGACCACCCGGCAGAUCUCGUGGUUUACUUCCUCCGCCGAGUCGAGCAACAGUCGCUCGGCCGCCGUCAGUGAGCCGUACACGCGGGCGCUGUUUCGCAUGUAGGAUGUGUGCGAGGUGGCACAGAAUUCAAAGAUGGGAGACGCCCAUGCUUUGGAUGCAUCCACUCUGCUGCCGGUUUCGCCGAAUGUAUUAGAUACGGGGCCAGCAUAACAUUGAAGAGUCCCGUAGCACGCUUUGCAGUCGCAAGGGCACCCCUAGU